CAUUUGCCGGAAAAGCGGGAAAAGCAGGGUUUAGUUGGUUCAGUCGUUUGUGUCGCUGGGGUGUUAGUGCAAGCAUGAAUUUAGAUGCGUUUAAUAAAAACAAUAGCAGAAAUGCUAUAAUUAAGUCAGUUGUACCGGAUGUGGCAAAGUCGGAGCCUUGCAUCCUCGGCGUGGACGAGGCUGGAAGAGGACCUGUUUUAGGCCCCAUGGUCUAUGGCAUUGCUUACUGUCCAUUAUCAGCAGAAAGUCAACUGAAAGAACUUGGAUUUGCAGAUUCAAAAACUCUUACUGAGGAGAAGAGGGAAGAGCUUCUCAAGGCUGUGGAGAAAACUUCAUUCCUUGGCUAUAUGGUAGAAGUCAUACCGCCCUCUGUCAUCAGUGGUCACAUGCUUGAUGUGACAAAGUACAGUCUCAAUGCAAUCAGCCAUGACUCUGCCAUUGGUCUCAUUCGCCAAGCUCUGGAGGAUGGUGUGCAAGUAGCGCAAGUAUACGUGGACACUGUAGGCCCACCCGAAAAGUAUCAAGAAAAGCUACAAGCACUUUUUCCGGAUAUAAAAGUCACGGUGGCCAAAAAGGCAGAUGCUACAUAUCCCAUCGUUAGCGCAGCUAGUAUCUGUGCCAAGGUGGCUCGGGAUCAUGCUAUUCAGUCUUGGGAGUUCCCAGAAGGCAUAAAUGUAAAGGCUGAGGAAUACGGCUCAGGAUACCCAAAUGAUCCUGUCACAAAAAAAUUCCUUUUGGAAAACAUGGAUAAUGUAUUUGGAUUUCCCAGCUUGGUACGCUUCAGUUGGUCUACAGCAGAGAAGUUGCUUGAAGACAAUGCUGCAGCUGUCAUGUGGGAUGAAGAGGACAAUGGUGAGCAGAGUGGCAUGGCAUCAAUCCAAUCAUUCUUCCAGAAGGACCCGAACCGAGGCAAAAAAGUAGCUGCAAAAGAAAGCCCUUUCUUCACAAGUCGAGCAAUUAGCCAGCUCCAUGCAUUGUAGCUUUUUCUGCACACAGCUGCAUAGGCGUCCACUGGUUCCAGAACGACUGUUUUCCCUUCGAGAGCAGUUAAUAUAGUAGUACUGUAGUUAUGUUGAAUAGACUGGGCAUGUAAACAGAGACAUGACAGAAAUCAAGACGUUGUUUUUUUUACUGCAUUUAUAGGGCUGCGUCAGGCCUUGUGAUUAAUCUGUAAUCUGUGGCAAGUCAAGCUUUAUGUAGAAUUAUAAACCUCAAUUUAACAAAGUCUAGGAAAUCAACUAUUUAAUUUAUAUGUCAAAGCAUCGUUGUAUUGAAAUUUAACCUUAUGCUAGGUAUAAUUGAUGACAAUUUUUUUUGUGUGUGUUUGCCAAAUCGUACUACUUGCUCUUCAAUGUAUGUACUAGGUCCAAUGAAUUUUCAUCAUCAAAACCUGUUUUGUGCCACAAAAUAAAGGAGAUCUGGUUUAAAAUUGUUCAAAAGUGA